GCCUCGCACACCAUAGAUGAGAUAUAAAAAAGCACGAAUUUGAGUUUUCUGUACUUUUUCUCUUGCAUUCAAUUUCGCCAAUCGGCAGCAGCACCAGCAGAGCUUUCUUUAACUCUUCUCUUUUGUAAAAAUAUCUACGCUUUUUCUUAACAAAUCCAUACAAUUAAAUCAGUUUCACAUUAGAGAUGCCGAUUCCGUUUGAGAGUUUUAUUCCGUUCGCGGUUAUCGCGGGCAUGUUUGUGGUUACAGGGACAGGAAUUAGAUACGCACAGACGAAGCGCAAUGAGGGCAAGGCCGUGCGUUACAGCCUUGAUGACUGGGAUCGUAAGAUGAUGGUUCGCGACAAACAGCUCACAGGAACUUUCCGCGGUCAGGUAGAUAACCCCAUUGCGCCGCCAGAGUUCAAGGUCAACAGCUCUUGGAAGGUGUAUGAAUCACUGCGUAAUGAUUUUGCUUAGAGUGCGGGGAUUGUAUCUCUGAGUUAGCUUCAUUAUUGUUUUCGGAUUUUUCACUUUCUUCCAUAUUAUAUACAUACGAUCAUUUUCUUACAUUGUUCAAGCGCGUAUGCGUUUUCUAGAUGAUGCUGGAUCUAGAUUUGUAUCUGGAUCUGGAGCUGGCUUUCGAGUUGGGGUUGAGCGUGGGGAAUGCAACUGAAGCGGUUUGAUUUGAUUGAUUAAAAAAGUAAGAUUAGUAUUACGCACACAAAAAAAGGAUCGUCGACCCACACAAACAAAACAGCAAAAAAAAUUUUGUUGUUGCACCAUUACUCCGGAUAGACUCGUCACACGCCACUGUUGGAUUCCUUUUCUUGCAACCGUAUU